GCACACAGGAAGUCUAUGAUAUGCCCACAUGUGCACUCAGAGAUCGGUGGCGGUGCUAGUGAUCGGUAGAUAGGAAAAUGGCUGAAUUUGCACAACGGCGAAUCGAGGAUAGAAUCCCUGAAUUAGAACAGCUCGAGAGAGUGGGUCUCUUCACUAAGAAAGAAGUCAAGUCAGUUAUUAAAAAAGCAACUGCUCUGGAAUAUAAACUUCUAAGAAAAUCAGUUGGCAAAGAAGAUUUCAUCAACUACAUACAGUAUGAAAUUAACCUUCUUGAACUAAUAAAGAAGAGGAGAAUGAGAAUCUCAUACUCCUUCAAGAAGGAUGAAAUAGAAUAUGUUGUUGUUCAAAGAAUUCAUGGGGUUUUUAAUCGUGCAACCAACAAAUGGAAAGAAGACCUGCAACUCUGGAUGUCACAUGUUGCAUUUUGCAAGAAAUGGAACUGCAAAUUCCAGAUGAGUAAAACAUUUGCAGCUUUGUUGGCGAUACACCCUGAUAAACCAGCUUUGUGGAUUAUGGCAGCCAAGUACGAAAUGGAGGAUCAGUUGUCAUCAGAAAGCGCAAGACACCUUUUCCUCAGAGCCUUGAGAUUCCAUCCAGAAAGUUCCAAAGUAUAUCAAGAAUAUUUUCGGAUGGAGCUGAUGAAUGCAGAGAAGCAGAGGAAAGAGAAAGAUGAACUGGAGAGAGCCAAGAUAGAUAUAGGUGAAGCUGGCUACUCGGAAGAUAUCCUUAAAGGUGAACUGGCCCGGGUGGUUUACAAAAGUUCUGUACAGAAUAUAAAAGGUGCGGAGUUCCAUCUGUCUUUGCUGUCCAUUGCAAAAAUGUUCAGUUUCACCCAGGAGCUACAGAAAGAAAUUCUUGAUGACUUGCAAGUACUGCAUGCACAAGAUCCUCUCACCUGGGAUUUUAUGGCUCGGAAAGAGCUGGAGGUAGAAUCUCUACCUUCUACAGAAUACUCCUCAAAACAGGCAAAGGCGUCAGACCUGGCACGAAAGGAAGAACGUUGCAAUGCAGUCUACGAAGAAGCAUUGAACUCUGUGCAAUCAGAAACCAUGUGGAAUUUAUACAUUACUUUCUGCCUUGAAAGGUAUAGACGAAAAACUAACAGCAAAGAGCUAAAGCAAAAUCGACAAGACAGAUUGCUGGCAGCUUACAGUAAAACACAUGCAGCCAAGCUUCUGCCUGAAGCAAAAUACACUGAAUGGAUAUCGCUGCUUCUUGAACUUGGCCAGGCAGAGACAGCAGUAGAUGUAUCCUUGGAGGCCACUAAACAAUUCAGUGAUUCUGUAACCAUGUGGCAGACAAGAAUUGAAGUUCUAAUAAACCUAAGGAGUGAGAAUAUCAAUCAGGUUUUUGAAGAAGCCUUUAAACAAGUGAAAACAAAGGAUUGCUUACCUUUAUGGGUGUUAAUGGUUGAUUGGAGUGAAAAAAACAAUACACCUGAAGAUACAGAAGAUUUAUUUAAGAAAGCGAUUCUGGUAACCUAUCCAGCUGUAACAAAAAUGAUGAAGGAGAAAUACCUAGAAUGGGCCUACAGAACCAAAGGUUAUAAGAAAGCAAGGAAGGUGUUUUCAAGUUUACAUGAGAAUCGUCCUUUCUCUGUGGAGUUUUUCCAGAAGAUGAUCUAUAUUGAAAAGCAGGAAGAAUCGUGCAGAAUGCAGAAUUUACGAGAAUACUAUGAACGGGCGCUAAGGGAGUUUGGCUCCACAAAUCCAGACCUCUGGUUGGAUUAUAUAAAAGAAGAACUUACUCAUUCUGAAGGCAAACCUGAAAACUGUGGUCCAAUUCACUGGAGAGCGAUGAAGAUGCUGCAGGGAGAUGAUGUGGAGCAUUUUGUUUCCAAAUACACUUUGUUGCAAACCGGACACUUGUAGGGAAAAUAUCUAUGUAGUAAUCAUCUUUUUUUCUAAUGUUUGUACAAAAAUCUUGACAGUAAAUAUGUUCUUAUUUGA